GGAGGAGCCGGCGCUGCAGCCAUGAGUCGCUACAAGUUCGUCGAUAUUGGUAUCAACCUGACAGAUCCUAUGUUCAGAGGAAUUUAUAGAGGGGUUCAGAAGCAUCAGGAUGACUUGCAGGAGGUGAUCGAGAGAGCCGUCCAGGUUGGUGUGAAAAAGUUCAUGAUCACAGGAGGAGAUCUACAAGACAGUAAAGAGGCUCUACAGUUGGCGCAAACAAAAGAUAUGUUUUUCAGCACCGUUGGUUGCCACCCUACCAGAUGCGGUGAAUUUGAAAAGAAUAAUCCUGAUCUUUACCUAGAGGAGCUGCUGCUUCUUGCUGAAAACAAUAAGGGGAAAGUUGUGGCAGUCGGGGAGUGUGGCCUCGAUUUUGACCGGCUACAGUUUUGCCCCAAAGAUGUUCAGCUGAAAUAUUUUGAAAAACAAUUUGAACUGUCAGAACAAACAAAAUUACCAAUGUUUCUUCAUUGUCGAAACUCACAUGAUGAAUUUUUGGAUAUAAUGAAAAGAAACAGAGAUCGUUGUGUAGGUGGAGUGGUACACUCCUUUGAUGGCACCAAGGAAGCAGCAGCUGCUUUGACCGACUUGGAUCUUUAUAUAGGGUUUAAUGGUUGCUCACUGAAAACUGAGGCAAAUUUGGAAGUUUUGAAGUCAAUACCUAGUGAAAAAUUAAUGAUUGAGACUGAUGCACCUUGGUGUGGAGUUAAAAGUACACAUGCUGGAGCAAAAUAUGUAAAAACCUCAUUUCCUACCAAGAAGAAGUGGGAAAACGGACACUGUUUAAAAGACAGAAAUGAACCCUGCCAUAUAAUUCAAAUACUGGAGAUAAUGGCAGCAGUAAGAGACGAAGAUCCACUGGAACUAGCCAAUACACUAUAUAACAACACCAUUAAGAUGUUUUUUUCCUAAUAUUUAAUUGGCAUAUUCCAUCAUGUAUCAAAAACUGCAUGGCAAAAAUGUACUGUAAAUUUCAAUAAAGAAAAUUAUCUGAAAGCUGUCUGAAAAGGAAUCACUACACAUCAUCCACCCUUUAUUUGUAUA